CUCUCCCUCCUCGCUCCUCUCCUCCACACGCACAAAACGCUCUGUCAUGGCGUCUUCCAACAAUGUUACCCCCACCAACUGUAGCUGGUGGCCCAUCUCAGCCAUGGACGAAGACGGCAAAAUCACAGACGGGGAGGUGUGCGAAGAACCGACGGCAGAGACCAAACCCUUCAGUAAAGACAGGCUCGUUUUGUACCACUGGACGCAGUCUUUCACCUCCCAAAAGGUACGUCUAGUCAUUCAUGAGAAGGGUCUGGUCUGCGAGGAGAGGGACGUGAGCAUGCCGCUGCAGGAGCACAAGGAGCCCUGGUUCAUGAGGCUGAACCUGGGUGAGGAGGUGCCCGUCUUCCUCCACGGCGACACCAUCAUCAGUGACUACAAUCAGAUUAUAGAUUACCUGGAGAAACACUUUGUGGGAGACACGGUGGCUCAGCUGGUUCCUGAAGCAGAUUCGCCUCUCCACGACCGUGUGCAGCAGUACCGUCAGCUACUGGACGAUCUGCCUAUGGACGCUUACACACACGGCUGCAUCCUCCAUCCAGAGCUCACCACCGACUCUAUGAUCCCAAAGUACGCCACCGCAGAAAUACGUAGACAUCUGGCUAAUGCUGCAACAGAGCUGAUGAAGUUGGACCAUGAGGAGCCAGAGCUCACAGAACCGUAUCUGUCCAAGCAGAAGAAGCUCAUGGCAAAAAUCUUGGACCACGAUAAUGUGAACUACCUGAAGAAAAUUCUGGGGGAGUUAGCUAUGGUUCUAGAUCAAGUGGAGGCUGAGCUGGAGAAAAGAAAACUAGAGUAUCAAGGUCAAAAGUGUGAGUUGUGGCUAUGUGGACCUGAAUUUACACUAGCUGACGUCUGCCUCGGAGCUUUGUUGCACAGGCUCAAGUUCUUGGGACUUUCUAAGAAAUACUGGGAGGACGGCAGCCGAGCCAACCUGCAGUCCUUUUUUGUGCGUGUGCAAAAACGCUACGCUUUCCGCAAGGUCUUGGGCGACAUCCACACAACCCUUCUGUCUGCAGUCCUACCCAAUGCCUUCCGGAUGGUAAAAAAGAAGCCGCCGUCCUUCUUCGGGGCCUCUUUUCUCAUGGGCUCGCUGGGAGGAAUGGGCUACUUUGCCUACUGGUAUUUAAAAAAGAAAUACAUGUAGUGAAUGCCCUCUUGUUGUGUUAAAUGUCUGUGUAUUUGUGUGAUGUUUCAACUUUUCUGUAAUGUUUUAUGACUGCAGGAAAACAUAAUGAAUCUAUAUAGAGAACACUAUUACUUACCUGGGUGAACAAAGAAUAUUAAAACAUUCCAUAAUAAGAAAUUGUUGACAGCACAUUUUCUGGUAAUCAAGGCCUUCAUCGAGUUUAAUUUCUGGCAACUUGCGGCCGACAAGUCCUUGCUUAACUUUUGUUGCAGGCACGCAUCGGGUCUUCUUAUACUGAAAACUUAAAGGAGAAACCCAGACGAAAUGUUAAACACAGUAACACCAACAGGGGUUAACUGACCUUCGCAUGCCACUAUUACAGUCAUUACUCAUACCUGCUGUUCACUCCUUCAUCAGCCUGAGGUUCACCCACUAAAAACCGCAGGAAGAUGUUACAGGACACAGACUUUCUGUUAAGUGCUGCUGCCAGAAACUGCCAGAAUGAUGAAAGGAUGGAGGCAAACUUAAAGCUAUAGGUUGACAUUUGGGGAAAUUUGUUUUUAACUUUCUCACAGAGAUGUGGAUCCACUCUCAAGUCUGUCCGUUAAAUAUGAAGCUGUACAGCCAGGAGAUGGUUAGCCUAGCUUAGCAUAAAGCCUGCAAAGCUAGCUUUCGGAAAAAAAUAUAAACCCAGCAAUCUUUGAAAAACCCAGAAGGAUGGACUCCUGUUCUGAAGGUAUUGUGUGUGUGAACACUAAUUUUGAAGCUGGACCUAUCAGCUGGUUAGCUUAGCUUAGCAUUAUUACUGGAAACAAUGCUUAAAGACUCUUUUAACCUGUCUCCCAAGUUGUGACUGUAUUCUUUUUUUUAUUUUUUAUCUAAGUAGCCAGAAAUUACGCUCGGUUAGUCAAACAUAUACAUUAUUUCAUUUGAAAAUGUAAAAUAUUGAAAAGAAACACUUAUUUUUUUGUGCAGAAAACUUUCUUUUAUCCAGAUGGGCAGAAGUGUAUUUGACGAUUCAGGAAAUUUCAUUGGAACAAUUUUAUUAAAUGACCUUCUGGGUUUAUCAAAGAUUACUUGUAUACGUUCAGAAAGUAUUCAGACCCCGUCACCUUUUCACAUUAUGUUGAAGCCUUUUGCUCAAAUCUAUCUACACUCAAUAGCCAAAUAUGACCAGGAGAAAAACAGAUUCAUGAGUUUGUUUUGCAAAAGCAUUAAAAAGCAUUAAAAAGCAUUCAGACCCUUUGCGAUGAUACUUGGCAUUUAGCUCAGGUGUCUCCCGUUUAUCAUCUUUCAGAAGCUUUUACACCUUGUAAAAUUGGAUUCCACCUGAGGUCAAUUUCGACUGAUUGGACAUAAUUGGGAAAGGCACAAACCUGUCUAUUCAAUGACUCACAGCUGAGAAUGCACAUCAGAGCAGAAACAAUUGCAACAUACCAUGUAAAAAGUGAAGGAGCCUGAAUACUUUCUGAAUGCACUGUACAUGACGGGCACACAUUGGGGUUAUAUGUGUAAGCUAAAUUAUCAAGCUGCUGCAUACAAUUUUACGGACGGGCCUUGGAGCUGUCGAUCUUCUCUCGGCAAGAAUGUGAAUAACUGCAUUUCCCACAAUGUGGAACUACUCCUUUGAACUAACUGUACACCCUUCACACAGCAAAACACAAGAGACACACACUAAGUCAGUUUAUUUAGAGCACCACGGAGCAGGAGCAGGAGUUCAGACGAUACAAAACUUGGGUGUUUGAAAAGUUACACUUUGGCUGAACUGGUAGUAAAAUUGUAAAUUCUGCAUCUAUGUGCACAAAUAGUGUUGCAUUAGGUUUAGGAUGUAUAUCUCAUUGCAUGGGUACUUUCUCAUUGUGUACGCGUUUCGUGAUGGACGGACGCUGCCCAGAGGCAGAAUUUAUGAUCACUACCGAACAUUAAAACCACAGAGUUCCUAAAUAUUCUCUUGCUAACUGUAACCUUUGAAGCACCUGCACUGUACCGUGUGUUCAACAAUGGUCCUCCAGCAAUACGGAGCAAAGAAAAACUGGAUUUAACUGCUGUUUGUUUGUCGCCGACUCCUCCUGACAGAUGCAAGAUUGUUUUUACAGAUAGAUAUUUUUAAUUAUACAUUUGUUUCAUUAAUUUUACUGGGCUGAACUUUUAAUGAGAUUAAAGGUUGAAUAAGGGGAACAGGGGAGGAAAAGCUGACUCAUCUGAAGGCUUUAAAGGAGUAUGAUGAGAAACAAGAACCCCACCCCCCCCUUGGCUAGCCUUGCGAGCUGUCUUGCUGUUUGUCGAUGCAGUGUACAUUUCCCGCUCCACACUCUGUUCACCCCUAAUGGGAGCCUUUCUUCGUCAGAAUUCCAGGGUUUAACAUGUUCUAAUUCUGCUCCUGAACAGUGUGCUCUUUAGGUUUGACUCAUUAUGCGAGGUACUGGCUGGAGCUCUAAGCUGCUUUUGGUUUUAUGGCUGGCUAUACAGACAUUUCUUGCAGUAAGGAGUCAGUACAGUGUUUCUGUACAGCUCAAGCCUUUGAUAAUGAAAGGUCAUUUAUUUUCCCCCCAGUUAGGAGGCUCACUGUUUUCUCCGGCUACAGAAACUCGUCUCUGCAGGUGGUGAUUAGCUGCUGGGGCAGAAAACGUUGAAUCAAAGACGACGCCCAAUGCUCCUUUCAAAAGCAGCAUCCACUUGCUGUGUCACAGCCGAUAAUAAAUCUGAUUCUUGUGCAGAAAGCAGAGGUGUAGAAGCUGUAGUUCGCUGUGUUCAGUUUCAUGUUUGAUAUGGAUAGUGCUGUACAGCCGUUUGAAAAGAAGACGUUUGAGAUGUGCAUUAAAGGAAACAUGGAGGGUGUUUGGUUUCAAACUGUUUUUGCAUCACCAGCAGUGAUGUAAAUGGCACAAAAGAGAAGAUUUAAAAAAAUAUAUACAGUAUGUAUGAAUUUUUCCCAGUUUGGAAGUAAGGAAGAGGACACAAAGUGUAAAGUACUAUUUCCUGUUGCCAUUUAAUUAUAAAAUUUGCUUAAUUGUCAUUUAUGUUUACUUUUUGAUUCUCAGACACACUUCUUUUGUUAAUUGACGAAACAGCAGAUGACACUGCAGGGGGAAAUGUCAAGAGUCUUCACAAUCAGCCAAUCAUUGUGAAUGCUUCUCGAUUACAAGCACAGCGGUUCAGACUCCACUGCUUCUUCAGACUGAAAUCACGCCACCCGAGGGGUCGGAUCUGUACUUCUUUGAACACACACACAAAGAGUUCAAGUCAAGAAAUACUAGUUGUGAUUUGUGGCCAUUAUGUUUCACUAUAGUAUUUUUUUAUUUUUUACUUUUCAUUUUUUUUAUAUUUCUAUAUAUAUAUGCAUUUAUUUAUGGUGCUUUUUAUGAUGUUUGUUCAUAAGCCUUAAUUUAUUCAGUUGCCAUCAAUGACAAAUAAAUAAUGAAAAUGGAAGAAACAGAUCCUGGUUUUUAUUUUAACCUAUAUGUUCCUGCUCUAUAGAGCUUGUAACUGUGUAUUUGACACAUCAAGAAACUGCACACAUCAAUGCUAGAAAUCUAUAUUCAUAAAAAAUACCACUAUGAUCUACAUGUACCCAUAGAUAAGGCUGGUACCAAAACCAACACAUUUUUUAAACUUAUUUUAAUACUUUAUAACUUUCCUGCUCAGUCUGUGGCACUCAGACUCAAGCCCAUUGGAUUCUACUUAAACUUUCAGAUUAUUAAUAAAAGUAACUUCCUGGCAGCUCAUUAUAGAUUAUAGAGCAUUUGUUGGGGACGCUUUUCAGAUGCAGAAUAAAACAGAUUAUCCAGGGAGUACGUAUUGGAGCGGGACGCUGUGUAAGGGAGUGAAAAUAAAGGUCAGUGCCCAUAUCAAUCAUUGAUGUGUUUUUAAUAGUUUGGCGCUCCAUGGUACAGAGGAACAGUAUACAUCAGGCGUUUGAUCAAUU